AUAACUACGACCCCUCCAUCUGGCGUGCUUAGCGGAACAUAUAUAAACCUAGCUCCUGUAUUCACUCUUCCUGUGCCACCAUCACUCAGCACAAUGGCAAAGGGCUUUUAUAUCAGCAAAUUGAUUGCUUUUGUUUGUAUUUUCUUUUCUAUAGCUGCUAUAGCUACUAUCAUAGCUCUGGCAGUUGUAUAUUCUGAUGAAAAGGCAAAAAACCAUGAUCUGACCAAUCCUCCAGAAAUAACAACUGUAACGGGAGCAACAAGUGGAUCUACAAGUGGGACAACAAGCUCAACAGGGAGUGGAACCACAAGUACAACUAGAGCUACAUCAGGCACCAGUUCCAGUACUUCCACAACCACCACCACCCCCACCACCACUCCAUCUAAUGACCCAUGGGACAAAUACCGGCUUCCAAAAACCCUUAAACCAUAUCAUUAUGAUGUUGAGCUGCAGCCAGUUCUAGAGAAGAAUGCUGAAGGACUUUAUGUGUUUUAUGGAAAAAGUGAAGCUUUCUUUACGUGUGAAGAAGCAACCAACCUUGUCAUUAUCCACAGUAACAAGCUCAAUUUCACCACAAAUACCAAAGCUAUUCUUAUAGAUAGUUCUGGGAAUGCUCUAACUGUGUCUAAGGUAGAAGAGGUGCCAGUAACACAGUAUCUGGUGCUACAUGUUGCUAACCCCCUGGAAGUUGGAAAAAAUUACUCUUUGUACACUAAGUUUGUUGGGGAGCUGGCAGAUGACCUGGCUGGAUUUUACCGGAGUGAAUAUGUGGAAGAUGGAGAAACCAAGAUCAUCGCUACCACACAGAUGCAGGCUCCGGAUGCCAGGAAGGCAUUUCCCUGUUUUGACGAACCAGCGUUGAAAGCCACUUUUAGCAUCACCAUCAUACAUAAACCAGAUUAUGUGGCUCUAUCAAACAUGAAUCCUAUCAAUGAAACUGAAAUAAUUAUCGAUGGAAUAGUAUGGACUAAAACAGUUUUUGAGAAAACUGUGAAAAUGCCCACAUACCUCGUGGCCUUUAUAGUCUCUCAGUUCAAACCUAUUGGUGAUCCAGGGAACAGCACCACUACCGGGGUUCAGAUCUGGGGCCGCAAGAAAGCUAUUGAAGAUGAGAACCAAGGAGAAUAUGCUCUUAAUAUAAGUAAACCAAUUCUGGAUUUUUUUGCCAAUUAUUAUAAAAUCCCAUACCCUCUGCCAAAAUCAGACCAGGUGGCCAUCCCUGAUUUUAGUGCUGGAGCCAUGGAGAACUGGGGCCUGGUGACAUACAGAGAGACAGCUCUUUUGUACGACCCUGCAGUAUCGUCUAUUAGCAACAAGGAGAGAGUGGCCACAGUGGUAGCCCAUGAGCUGGCUCAUCAGUGGUUUGGAAACCUUGUGACCAUACGAUGGUGGAAUGAUCUGUGGCUGAAUGAAGGUUUUGCCUCCUACGUGGAGUAUUUGGGAACAGACUAUGCAGAGCCCACCUGGAACAUAAAAGACUUGAUAGUGCUAUAUGAUAUAUACAGAGUAAUGGCCGUUGAUGCAUUGAGUUCCUCUCACCCACUGACAUCACCGGAGGAAGAGGUGAACACUCCAGCUGAAAUAAGUCAACUGUUUGACUCCAUCGCUUAUAGCAAGGGUGCUUCAGUCAUUCGGAUGUUAUCAAACUUUAUCUCAGAGGAGGUGUUUGUUGAAGGAUUGUUUACCUACCUGAAAGAAUUUGAGUAUGAUAAUACUGUGUACAGUGAUUUGUGGAAGCAUUUGCAAGUUGCAGUGGACAAGACAGGUCCAGCAUUAAACCUACCUGCGUCAAUUGCUGACAUUAUGGACACAUGGGUUCUACAGAUGGGAUUCCCAGUCGUGAAAAUUGACACAACAACUGGAGUUGUAACUCAGGAACACUUCCUCUUGGAUCCAGAUUCCGUGGUGACACGUCCAUCAAAGUUCAAUUACACCUGGACUGUUCCAAUUACAUAUUUCAAGAGUUCAACACAACAUUCAUUUUGGCUGCAACGCAAAUCAGACACUGAAAAUAAUUUUAAGACGAUUGGGAAUGAAUGGAUUUUGGCAAACAUCAAUGUAACAGGGUACUACAGGAUUAAUUAUGAUGAUGCCAACUGGAACAAGCUCAUUAAUCAGUUGGAAACAGACCAUUCGAGUAUUCCUGUUAUCAACCGUGCCCAGAUCAUUGACGAUGCCUUUAAUUUAGCAAGAGCCAAGUAUGUUCCUACAACAAGAGCUCUGGACACCACCAAAUUUCUCUCCAAGGAUGUUGAAUACAUGCCGUGGCAGGCAACGCUGAACAGUCUAAGUUACUUUCUGCAGAUGUUUGAUCGCUCAGAGGUUUACGGACCUAUGAAGGAAUAUUUAAAGAAGCAAGUCCUCCCUUUGUAUAAACACUUUGAAAUUCGGACUGGUAACUUUGAAACAAGGCCAAUAUCAUUAACUGACCAAUACAAUGAAGUCAAUGCUAUUAGCAAUGCGUGUGCCUAUGGAAUUCCUGAAUGUGGUAAACUUGCAUCUGACCUCUUCAAAGACUGGAGAGACAAUGGAAAGAGCAUUCAUCCAAAUCUGAGAUCAACCAUUUACUGCACUGCUGUAGCUCAAGGAGGAGAAGCAGAAUGGGAUUUUAUAUGGGAAAAAUUUAAUUCAACAGACAUUGCACAAGAAGCAGACAAACUGAGGGCUGCUCUGGCCUGCACCAAGGAGCCCUGGUUACUCAACAGACUCCUGGAAUUUUCUAUAGAUACGACUAAAAUUCGCAGACAAGACACUGUGUCGACAAUAAGCAACGUUUGCAAUAACGUGAUUGGACAGGGUCUUGCUUGGGACUUUGUAAGGGCAAAAUGGAGUAUAAUCUUCAGCCAGUUUGGAGGCUCUUCUUUCUCUUUCGGUAACUUGAUUGAACGUGUCACUCGCCGAUUCUCCACUGAGUAUGAACUACAGCAGUUGGAGCAGUUCAAAAGUGACAACCAGGAUAUUGGGUUUGGGACGGCCACACGAACACUGGAACAAGCCAUUGAGAAGACGAAGGCAAACAUCAGAUGGGUGGAUGAAAACAAAGAAUCUGUAUUGAAAUGGUUCAAUGAUGCAUUAUAA